UAGUUUGGUUUUGCCGGGGUGAAAGCAACUAAGGCUAAAAUGUGAUUAUCACGGUGCAGUAUAUGAUACGAUAUCUCGUUAAUUCACUUUGUGCAGUUUCCAGUGCCGGCCGGUGGUGGAAGCGAUACAACUUCUCGUCGGCAUGUGCCUCUUUACGGAAGAUUGGUGGCGGAAGAGCCUUUGUCGAUGGGGGCUCCAACGGACAUCUUGGCAAUGCAGGCCCGAAUACCCCACACCUUUCGAGAACCAUCAACGGCACCCCUUAGGAAACUUAGUGUUGAUCUUAUUAAAACCUACAAACACAUUAACGAAGUGUACUAUGCCAAAAAGAAGAGGAGAGCGACCCAAACGCAGGGAGAAGAUAGCUCACAUAAAAAAGAGAGGAAGUUAUAUAAUGAUGGUUAUGACGAUGAUAAUCAUGACUAUAUCGUUAAGAAUGGUGAAAAGUUCCUCGAUAGGUAUGAAAUUGACUCUUUAAUAGGAAAAGGCUCUUUCGGACAAGUGGUGAAAGCGUUUGAUCACGAAGAGCAGUGCCACGUCGCGAUUAAAAUAAUUAAAAAUAAGAAACCCUUCCUAAACCAAGCCCAAAUCGAAGUGAAGCUUCUCGAGAUGAUGAAUAGGGCAGAUGUUGAAAAUAAGUAUUAUAUAGUAAAAUUAAAAAGACACUUUAUGUGGCGAAAUCACCUCUGCCUUGUUUUCGAACUUCUCUCAUACAACCUCUACGACCUUCUUCGAAAUACGAAUUUCCGAGGUGUCUCGCUUAACUUAACGAGGAAAUUUGCGCAACAACUCUGCACGGCUCUACUGUUCCUUUCGACGCCCGAACUUAGCAUUAUUCACUGUGACUUAAAACCGGAAAACAUCCUUCUGUGUAAUCCCAAGAGGUCGGCGAUUAAGAUUGUCGACUUUGGGAGUUCGUGUCAGCUAGGACAGAGGAUAUACCAAUACAUACAGUCUAGGUUUUACCGAUCACCCGAGGUUCUACUAGGAAUUCCAUACGAUUUAGCGAUAGACAUGUGGUCUUUAGGCUGCAUACUAGUAGAAAUGCAUACGGGCGAACCUUUGUUUAGUGGUGCCAACGAAGUGGACCAAAUGAGUAAAAUUAUAGAAGUAUUAGGAAUGCCGCCGAAAACGCUGUUAGAUAGGGCUACGAAGACGAGGAAAUUUUUUGAUAAAUUCCCUUUCGAUUCAAAAUACGAGUUGAAAAGGUCUAAGGACGGGAAGAAGUAUAAGUUACCGGGAACAAAGAAGUUACACGACAUCCUAGGUGUUGAAAAUGGUGGCCCGGGCGGUCGAAGAAGUGGUGAAUUAGGACACUCGACAAGUGAUUAUCUUAAAUUUAAAGAUCUGAUUUUACGAAUGUUAGAUUAUGAUCCUAAAACCCGAAUAACACCCUAUUAUGCGUUACAACAUAACUUUUUUAAACGAACUACAGACGAAGGCACUAAUACUGCGAGUAGUACGAGCUCAAGUCCAGCUGUUGUCAAUCUUGAUUUGUCGACUUCAACUUGUCAACACGGGUUAAACUUAGUAGGUCGUACACGUGAUUGUACAAAUCACACAUACCAACCUGCCAGUUACUCGGCGAUGGAAUGUGAUCCAUCACCCUCACGACAUACUCAUCGCUCAAGGUAUCAAGCACCUUUAAUGGGUUUCGGCCCCUCGUCACUUCCAUAUUCGGCGUAUCCGGGUCACGUGGUAGCGGACAGUACGCCUCCGAAACAUAACCCUCCAACAAACGGUCCUACGCCGGGUCAGGCGGAUCGCGACGACAGUCCGAUGGUCGGUGUAUGUGUGCAGCAAAGUCCGGUGGCGAUACAUUAAACGGACAGAAACGUAGGCAAAAAACACUGUUUAGGACUGCAUUUCUACUUACGGGGAAAAGUGUGUGGUUUUUAUAAUGCUCUGUGUUGUAUCUUUAAUAUUGUCGGUGGAUUUUUAUGGACGUAGCAAAAGUGUAUCAACAGACUGAGAGUGUGUAUGCUCUGUUGUAAGCGUGAAAUUGACUAAUUAUAUGACUCGUAUCAACAUUUAAUUCCAAGGUUUUUAAAUUAUGUGGAGAUUUUUAUUGCUCGAUAAGUAAAUGAAGUAAUUUAUGCUAGUAUUUAAAUACAUGAGUAAGAAUAGUGAAAUAUACAAAUAUGUAUACAUGUUUCCUAUGAUUUCUUGUAAUUUUAAGGCAGUUGGCUCUGGUUUCAGCAUGAUCAAUUAUGCCGACUCUGUUUAUUUUAAUAUUUUUUGACAAAAGUGUAACCCGUUGUACAUUGUAGUAGAUACUUUUUAUACUACUAUAGAAUAAACAUACAUUUUUGUAGUUUAUUGUACAUAUUAUAUAUAUAUUGUUGCACUUGUGUAUGUUCUGUCUUUCGUACAAUGUACAACAUAUCUGAUGUAUAAUUUUUCCUCGUUUUUUGUCUAGCCAAUAAAAUAGUUAAUUUGCUAAGCAAUAUUAAAGUUAACAGUGAAUAUUAAACCAGGGCCUAUCCAAUCCACUACCGCAAUACAGUGGUGAAUGUGUUCAAAUAUGGUAGCAGUUUGUACAUGAGGUUGGGGAAGAGGCGUUUUUUGCAGUAUUUUCUUGAUUAGGUAAUGUGACCGUUUCAAUUUAAAUAGUCAAUGCGGCAGUAUUAACUAUCUAUUUUAUACAAGCACAGAAAUUAAUUUAUUUUUACUUUUACCAACUAGAGCUUUAAUAGUGCUUACUACUUAUUGUAACAUCAGAUUUGUUUUGUAUAUACUUAUUAUAACUUAUACUCGAAUACUGCAACUAAUUGCCACCCAAACAAUUUUGUAAAUACCUACCUUAAUCACUAGAGUUGUAUUUAUCAAAUAAACACCUAUUUAUUUAACUUGCAACAUCAUGUGCAGUCAGAACUACACAUUUAGUUCAAGGGGAAAUAAUGCAAUGAUUAUGAUGACAUUUGUAGAUCAGUUUAUAGCGUAAGUUAUGCAUAAUGCCAUCAUCUUUGAAAUUCCUACUUGCUCUUUGUUAUUUAAAUAAAAACUACAAGAAUAA